CAGAGGAAACCAAAUCUAACGUCGGAUGCUUAAAACUCUUAAAAAUUUUGUACAAUUGAAACUAUGCUCUGAACUCUCUUUCUCGAUUGAUCGAUCGAUAUAUCCGCCCGAUCGAGCUAAUUUGAAGAUAUAUCGUUCAUCCUUUAAUAGCAUGAAUUAUAUACUUGGAGCUUUUAAGCCAGCAUGCCACAUUGUAAUCACAUUUUCGGAUGGAAAGUCACGGAAACAGGUCCCACUGAAAAAGGAAAAUGGCCGAACAGUAAUGGUCCCACUUUUUCAAACUCAAGAAAACAUUACUGGGAAGAUAUCAAUAGAACCAAUAUCCGGAAAGAAGGUUGAGCACAAUGGCAUCAAAGUAGAGCUGCUUGGUCAGAUAGAAAUGUACUUUGAUAGAGGGAACUUGUAUGACUUUACCUCACUGGUCCGAGAGCUGGAUGUUCCUGGGGAAUUAUAUGAGAGGAAAACAUACCCAUUUGACUUUUCAACUGUUGAAAUGCCUUAUGAAUCAUACAAUGGAGUAAAUGUUCGUCUUAGGUACGUCCUCAAAGUGACAAUCAGUCGAGGAUAUGCUGGAAGCAUAGUGGAAUUCCAAGACUUUGUGGUGCGCAACUAUAGCCCACCUCCGCCAAUCAACAAUAGUAUUAAGAUGGAAGUUGGGAUCGAAGAUUGCCUUCAUAUUGAGUUCGAGUACAACAAGAGCAAGUAUCAUUUGAAAGAUGUUAUUAUAGGCAAAGUAUAUUUCCUUCUCGUGCGAAUCAAGAUAAAAAAUAUGGAUCUUGAGAUCAGACGCAUAGAAUCUACAGGAUCUGGGGCGACUGCCCAUGUUCACACAGAGACCCUCGCAAAGUUUGAGUUGAUGGAUGGUGCUCCUGUCAGAGGUGAAUCGAUACUCAUCAGACUCUUCCUGAGUCCAUAUGAAUUGACACCAACAUAUCGAAACAUCAACAACAAAUUUAGCGUGGAAUACUAUUUGAACCUCGUCCUUGUUGACGAAGAAGACAGGCGGUAUUUUAAACAGCAAGAAAUCAAACUGUACCGCCUCGCUGACACAUCCUGAUCUUAAUUGAUUGGCAUUCUCAACUCCUU